AUGACAGGAAUAAAGAAGUCGAUUUCGAAAACCGUAAAACGUAAUUCGUGUAUCAACUGUAAAGAGAGGAAAGUACGAUGUGAUUUACUUUCACCCUGCUCUAUUUGUCAGAGAAGAAAUGAAAUAUGUGUAUAUCCUUCCAAAGAUAACAGGAGUAUCCGUUUGACAGUUGGUAAAAUGAAACAGUUAGAAUCAAGAUUAGUUCAUUUGGAAAAAAUACUCGAAGAGAUUAGAAACCAAACUCAGUUGCCAGAUGAGGUGAUUAGGAUAUUGAAUGGUGUUUCUGAUGAGGACCAUUUGCCGUCAUGUCUCAAAUCAUAUGACUCAAGAGUGACUCAGUUCAGUAUACUGACUAUUCCGGAGAAUGAUAAAUCGAACUCGGUAAUGUUAGGACCGACAAGUGUUUACAAGAAAUAUGAUUCUGCAGAGAAUACACCUAUAAUUGAAACGGAUAAUGCACAUGUAUUAGGAAAUCAUACAAAUAUGUUUACUGAAGAUGAUAUUACAUUCUAUAAUUUUGUUCCAUGUGAAAAAUCACUAUUCGAUGACGAUUUGUACGAAUCGAUAGCUUCUUUCUUCAAAUGGCAGUACCCAUCUAACUAUAUGUUUAUUCACAGAGAGUCUUUUUUAUAUCAUUUUCUAUUACUCGAUUUUGAUAACGAUUUUGUAUCCGAGGAAUUAAUAUAUUCGAUAGCUGCCGUCGGAUCCAGAUUUUCCUCGAAUCGUGCAUUACAACUCAAAGCAGAAGGUUAUUAUACACAUGCAAAGAAGUUUAUAUUUAUGUCUCCUGAGACAUCUGAAAUAGAUUUCUCCACAGCGAACCUGACUAAGUUACAAAGUCUACUGUGUCUUGCAUUUUUUGAUAUAUCAAAGGGAAAUCUAACGAGUGGAUGGAUCCUCUCGGGGAUAGCUUUUAGAAUUGGGUCAGCAAUUGGCUUUGAAAGAGACCCUAGUGAAUGGAUAUAUGGCCAACGAACGAAACUUAAUAUCAGGGCAGGUUAUCCAUUUGAUUUAAAGGCUGUCCAAAGGAGAAUAUAUUGGGGAACGUAUAUUGCGGAUCAUUUUAUUAGUCUUAUAUUUGGCCGUUACCCAAGUUUGAGAUAUACUGAGGCGUCAAUAAUGUCAUCAUCUGAUUUAUAUAACCUUCCAAACAUAAAAGACUUUCUGUUCUAUGACCGUGAAAUUAUGAGUUAUUACUCCUGCGAUGUGCUGAUACCCCUCAAAGUAUUGAUUGAUUUGGCUCAGAUCAGUGAGUCAAUGAUCCUUGAUGUCUUUUCUCCAGUGACUAAAUCUGAGCCUGGUACUGAGGAGAGAAAUAGAGAGAUUCAAAGACGUUUAAAACGAUUACAGGAUUAUAACAACUCCUUAGAUAAAUGGGUUUUAGGUCUACCUCCUCAAGUAUCCUUAGAUAAAAAGGAUUUAUUAUCUUCAGGUCAUAAUUGUAUUAAUUUGUCAGUAAGAAGCUCUUAUUUUCUCACGAGAUUAUCGCUAAAUAGACCUUUUGUUCAAUAUCCUGAUGAUGAAAAUAUUAAUAAAUCUCCUUCCUUUUGUGAAAAGGCCGUAAUAGAGUUGUAUAUGGUGCUCAAAUCAAUUGAUAGAGUCUACGGCUUACCUGAAUUUGAACCAACGUUACCUUUGGUAUACUCAAUGGUUCUAGGUACUAGCAUUCUUACCUUAAAAUUAUCCUGUGGAGAAGAGACGUUACAAGGAGAACCAAUAAAAUUAAUCUUAGACUUAUUCUUAAAGUAUUUAAGUAUAUCAGAAGGAAGCCUUGAAAUAGCAAAAAAUGCUAUGGAUAUUGCACAAGGGACUUUUAAGAAUAAAAACGAUAACAGUAUAUCCAAUUUACAAAGUAGGAUAUUAAGCUCAGAUAAUGGAUUAGACGAAGCAUUUCUCGACAAAUUGUUGAGUGGUGAUGUCAUUGAUUGUGUUUUUGAUCCUGGGUUCUUCCUCUCUGAUUCGGGGCAAUCGUGA